AUGCCUCCGUCUGUUACAGCACCCGGAGGAUUUGGACGACCCAAGGUAAGAGUGCUCAGUUUAUUGGCUAAUUGUGAUAAUCAGGAAGACAAUUAUCUACUCAAGGGAAUUGAAUUUGUUAAAAACAGUGCGGCUAACAUACAACGUGGUUUCGGCGAAUCUACACGCAGUAAUAGCGUACUUGGUAUGUCCUAUCACCUUCGAUGCCAAUCAUUCAUAGGUGCUGAUUCCGUUUUAUUCGGCGGAGACGCCGCCAGUACUGCACGUUCAUCUUUUUCAGCCAUAAUGAACGUUGGUCGUUCGGCAAUAGGGCUUUCAAGCCGCGAUGAAUCAUCUCAGUCAUGGAUGACAUACACGAAUUACAAGAUAUUCGUUGUAUUGUUACUGACUAGUUUGAUAUUCUUCGCACUCGCGUUUAUGACGUUGCCAUUUAUCAUCUUCGCUCCGCAUAAGUUUGGGUUACUUUUCACCUGCGCGUCAUUGACGUUCCUCUCGUCACUCUCAUUCCUAAAAGGUUUAAGGGCGUUGAUGGACCAUCUGUUGGAUGCCAAGCGUAUGGUAUUCUCUAUUGCGCUAUCAGUGUCGAUGGUAUCUACUUUGGUUUUCACAACAUUCUAUCCAAUCUAUCUGCUAGCCAUCGCAUCGUCUCUGGUGCAGACGCUGACUCUCGCAUCAGUCAUUUUGUCAUAUCUACCGGGUAUGUGUCUUAUAUCGCCGUCAACCAUAUAUUGA